UCCAAAAACACCAAGUUAAAAAGCCAACUUUGGCAGUGCUCGUUACUCACUAGUCACUACUUAUUGCUCACUUUCCUGGUGGAGUGAAAACAAUAUGCAUAGCUCUUGCUUUUGGUAGCAAAAUCAAGAUACUACCACUACUAUCAUAGAGAUGGAAGACCCUCUUCUUCCUUUUCCUUUUCGUUUGCUACUACUAUUUUUCCUCAGUUCUCUCUUUUUCUUUCACACUGCUUCUUCUGAAAUCUUCUUUGAGGAGCGUUUCCAAGAUGGGUGGAAGAGCAGGUGGGUGUUAUCGGAUUGGAAAAGGGCUGAAGGGAAAGCAGGCACGUUUAAGUACACAGCAGGAAAAUGGUCUGCGGAUCCUGAUGAUAAAGGUAUUCAGACAUAUAAUGAUGCCAAGCAUUAUGCAAUAUCUGCAAAGAUGCCGGAGUUCAGCAACCAAAAUAGAACUCUAGUGGUCCAGUAUUCUAUUAAAUUUGAACAGGACAUUGAAUGUGGUGGUGGUUACAUCAAGCUUCUCUCUGGCUAUGUCAAUCAGAAGAAAUUUGGCGGUGAUACUCCAUACAGUUUCAUGUUUGGACCGGAUAUAUGUGGCACGCAGACCAAAAAACUCCAUGUUAUACUUUCUUACCAGGGGCAAAAUUAUCCUUUAAAAAAGGAUCUACAAUGUGAAACAGACAAGUUAACCCAUUUCUACACGUUUAUUUUGAGGCCUGAUGCAAGUUAUAGUGUCCUUGUUGACAAUCGAGAAUGGGAUUCUGGAAGCAUGUAUUCAGAUUGGGAUAUCCUUCCUCCAAGGAAAAUUAAGGAUGUCAAAGCAAAAAGGCCAGCAGACUGGGAUGAUAGAGAAUACAUUGACGACCCUAAUGAUGUCAAACCAGAGGGAUACGAUUCAAUUCCUGCUGAAAUUCCUGAUCGAAAGGCCAAAGAGCCUGAUGAUUGGGAUGAUGAAGAAGAUGGAGUAUGGAAGCCACCUAAGAUUCCAAAUCCAGCAUACAAAGGACCAUGGAAGCGCAAGAGAAUCAAGAACCCCAACUAUAAGGGGAAGUGGAAGACUCCAUGGAUUGAUAACCCUGAAUUUGAGGAUGAUCCUGACCUUUAUGUGCUAAAGCCAAUAAAAUAUGUGGGAAUUGAAGUAUGGCAGGUAAAGGCUGGUUCAGUUUAUGACAACAUUUUGAUUUGUGAUGACCCAGAGUAUGCAAAACAAGUAGUAGAAGAGAUAUUUGCAAAUAGGGAGAUUGAAAAAGAAGCCUUAGAGGAAGCAGAGAAAGAGAGAAGGGCUAGAGAAGAAGAGGAAGCUAAUAGAGCAAGAGAGGAUGGUGAACGGAGAAAGAGGGAGAGGGAUCGUCGGUACGGAGAUAGAAGGCGCAGAAGGCACGAUCCACGUGAUUACAUGGAUGAUUACCAUGAUGAACUAUGAGGCAUGCACAACAAUUUAUGUACUUGUAUUGCAUCUAUGGAAAUUGGAAAACAAAGGACUUCACAUUGCCAGAGAAGCAUUGCUUUGAUCCAAAGGAUGUCCAACUUGUGUUGUAUUAUUAUUAUUGUUGUUGUAUUAUUAUUGUCUCCACCAUGUGUGUUAGUAAUAGACUUGGAAUUUUUGUUCUCACAAUUGGAGAAAAGGCCCAGUGAUGUGACUAUUUGAGGCAAUAAAAUUACAAUAGGAUCGAAAUUUGAUUU